UCGCAGCCGCAGCCCCAGAAGACGCCUCCGCCGAGGCCGGGGUACAAACCGGAACCGGACCUGCAGCCGGGGCCCCGGCAAGAGUUGGGCCCACGUGUAGGGGAAGGACAGCCCCCCAAGGCCUCAUCUGGAAGGCCGCCGGCGCCCGUGGGGAGCGUGCCCUCUACCAGACCCGAGUCAGGGUCGCAGCCCGCGUCAAAGCCCCCAGCUCUUCCGCAACCAGGACCGCUGAGGGUGUCUUACGGGGUCCCAAUUGCCGGGGCCGGCACCGCCUCCACCGCCCCGAAGGCCUUGGUGCCGCUGGACAACUUCAAGGGCUGGCUCUUCAAGUGGACCAACUACCUGAAGGGCUACCAGCGUCGCUGGUUCGUGCUCAGCAACGGCCUGCUGUCGUACUACAGAAACGAGGGCGAAAUGGCCCACACCUGCCGGGGCACCAUCAACAUGUCCACCGCGCACUUUGACAGGGAGGAUUACUGCAGCAUCGUGCUGACCAGUGGGGCCAAGACCUACCACCUCAAGGCCGGCUCGGAGGUGGAGCGGCAGCAGUGGAUCACCGCCCUGGAGCUGGCCAAGGCCAAGGCUGUCCGCAUGAGGAGGAGCCAUUCAGAUGACUCUGGGGACGAGGACGACGACGAGGCCGCCUCCCCCGCUGACAAGGCGGAGCUCCAGAGCACCAUCAAGAACCUCUCCCUGAAGCUCGAUGACCUCGGCACGUGCCACGACCUCCUCGCCAAGCACGGCGCCGCGCUGCAGCGCUCCCUGAGCGAGCUGGACGGCCUGCGCAUCCCCUCUGACGGCAGCGAGAAGCUCAAGGCGGUGAACGAGCGGGCCACCCUCUUCCGCAUCACGUCCAAUGCUAUGAUCAACGCCUGCAGGGACUUUGUGGCACUAGCAGAGGCACACAGCCGGAAAUGGCAGCGGGCGCUGCAGUAUGAGCAGGAGCAGCGCAUUCACCUGGAGGAGACCAUCGAGCAGCUGGCCAAGCAGCACAACAGCCUCGAGCGGGCCUUCCGCAACAGCCUGCCCGGCCGGUCCUCUGACCCCAGCAAGAACUUCAACUCGGAAAGCCUCUUGACUUCCAAGGAAGAGGACAGUGAGGAAGAUGAGGAUACGGAGUAUUUCGACGCCAUGGAAGACUCCACCGCCUUCAUCACUGUGAUCACCGAGGCCAAGGAGGACAGAAAAACUGAGGGUGGGACCACAGGCCCUGUGGACUGGACCCCGGCAGACAAUGUACAGGAUGGCGCUUCACUCAUGCCCAAGGGCCCCCCCAAAGUCAAGAGGCGUGUCCGCAUCCCAGACAAGCCCAACUACAGCCUUAAUCUCUGGAGCAUCAUGAAGAACUGCAUCGGCCGGGAGCUCUCCAAGAUCCCCAUGCCGGUCAACUUCAACGAGCCCCUGUCCAUGCUCCAGCGGCUGACGGAGGACCUGGAGUACCACCACCUGCUGGACAAGGCGGUGCACUGCACCAGCUCGGUGGAGCAGAUGUGCCUGGUGGCCGCCUUCUCCGUGUCCUCCUACUCCACCACGGUGCACCGCAUCGCCAAGCCUUUCAACCCCAUGCUCGGGGAGACCUUCGAGCUGGACCGCCUCGAGGACAUGGGCCUGCGCUCACUCUGCGAGCAGGUGAGCCACCACCCUCCAUCAGCCGCGCACCACGUGUUCUCCAAGAACGGCUGGAGCCUCUGGCAGGAGAUCACCAUCUCCAGCAAGUUCCGGGGCAAAUACCUCUCCAUCAUGCCGCUAGGUGCCAUCCACUUAGAAUUUCAGGCCAGUGGCAAUCACUACGUGUGGAGGAAAAGCACCUCAACUGUGCAUAACAUCAUCGUGGGCAAGCUCUGGAUCGACCAGACGGGGGACAUUGAGAUCGUGAACCAUAAGACCAAGGACCGGUGCCAGCUGAAGUUCCUGCCCUACAGCUACUUCUCCAAGGAGGCGGCCCGGAAGGUGACAGGCGUGGUGAGUGACGGCCAGGGCAAGGCCCACUACGCGCUGUCAGGCUCGUGGGAUGAGCAGAUGGAGUGCGCCAGGAUCGUGCAGAGCAGCCCUGGCGUGGACGGCGUGGACGGCAAGCGUAAGACCGUGUACCAGACGCUGCCGGCCAAGCUGCUGUGGAAGAAGUACCCGCUGCCGGAGAACGCCGAGAACAUGUACUACUUCUCCGAGCUGGCCCUGACCCUCAACGAGCACGAGGAGGGCGUGGCGCCCACGGACAGCCGGCUGCGGCCCGACCAGCGGCUGAUGGAGAAGGGGCAGUGGGACGAGGCAAACACGGAGAAGCAGCGGCUGGAGGGGCCCACCACCCGCUGUGCCCGCCCCGCAGAGAAGGAGACCGAGGUGCACACGCCGCUCUGGUUCGAGAGGAGGCUGGACCCGCUGACCGGGGAGACGGCCUGCAUGUACAAGGGCGGCUACUGGGAGGCCAAGGAGAAGCAGGACUGGCACAUGUGCCCCAACAUCUUCUGAACGCCGCCUCCUGCCCACCAGGCUCCGCCCGGCCGGACCCACCUGUAGUGAACGCACUCCAUGUAGUACUUACGGCCCUCCCACCCCCCUUUGUUCUUUCCUUUUUUUUUUUUUUA